AUGGAGUGCAAAUCACCCAACAUUGUUGCUGGAGAAGCUUCCGAAACGGAUGACGAUGAGACAGAGGUAAUAUCGAUCGAAAAAGGAAUUCCCCAUUUAGCAUCAUCCGGUACAGCGCCCCCAUCGUACACAUUCGCUAGAGAAGCGGUUGAAUCAUCGACAUCAACACCACCGUCCAUCGUGGUCUCGGAUGAGGAGAUGCAACGAUUGCACGUGCGGCGUACGAUGAAUGAAAGAUGCAUAUCGCUGUUGAACGAAUUCAUCCACAACACGGUGAUAUCCGUCUCGAAGCAGCUCAAUGAGACGGACAACUUUCUCAUGAAAUCACAGAUGGUGCUCCAGAAUACGACCACCUCGGUGAAAAAGAUGAACGACAACACACACCAGAUGCAGAGGAAACUGCAGGACAUUAUCACGUUUAAUUUUGUACCAAACAUUAACAUUUGA